GCGUGUCUCCUCGAUUUUCUCUUCAAAAUAAAUAAAUUUGGAAAAAUAUUUAUUAAUUUUCUUGUAUUGUGAAUAUCGUGUGGACUAUAAAAUUGUAGUAUUAUUUUAAUGGCGCGUUGUGCAGUUAAAAGUUGUCAAAAUAGACUGUUAAAAAGCAGGAGUGUUAAAUUGCACAGGUUUCCAACAAAUCCACAAAGAUAUAAAAUAUGGAUAGAGGCUGUAGGUAGAAGUAAUUUAAUAAAUGGAUCAAAAGACUUAAGGUUGUGUACCUACCACUUCUUGCCAAGUUGUUAUCAUAAAGGAAAAAGGGGCAAAUCACUUCUUUCGAAUGCAGUUCCAACUAUUUUCCCUCUUGUAUCUCAAAGAUUGAUGUCAGUGAAUAUGCCGGAAAAUGAGGAACACCACACUCCUAUACAAGUCGAAGAAUGUCGCGCAUGUCUGUGUAUAUUAAGCCCGGAGCAGACGAGGCAUAACCUAUUUCGAUAUUUAGAUGAACAACAAAGUGAGCUAGCACUGACUGCAGUAGCAGAAGACCUUAUUGCUCUCACAAAUAUACAGAUAAACUGCACAGAUCAAUUUGCCACUGUUGUGUGUGUUGACUGCCAUGAUUUUGUAUGCAAGAUGAAAUAUUUUGUCUCAGUAGUAAGACAGUCUAAUCAGACACUCCGUGAAAGAUAUAGAAUAAAAUCAGAACCAAAUGAGGAAUUUGAGUGGCCCAAACCAAUCAAAGUGGAUAAAAGUUCUGAUGUGCUUGAUAAUGUCGAUAUAAAAGAAGAAGUAAUGUCGGAGGAUGAGUUACAACAUGAUGAUAAUGACCAAAGUGUAAUGCUGGAAAAUUCUGAUAUUAAAAUUGAACCGGAAGAAUGGAGUCAAACAAACGUAAUGGAAAUGAAUGGUCUUACUCAAUCACAUAAUACAAGCAAUGAGCGGGCAACACCAGAAAAGCAAAUCACUACGCCUAGCAAUGACACAUCUAAAAUGAAUGGCUACAGUGAAACAGGUCUAUUAACCAAGGUUAAGGAUGAACCGGUUAGUGAUCACGAAGAGAUUUUAGAAAGUUUACCAAGUGAAAUGUCAUUGGAGUGUAUACUGUGUUCAAAGGAGUUCAUUAGUGUCAAUGGCCUAAAGGCCCAUGUAAUUGCUCAACAUUCAUACAAGUCGGUGAGAAGAAAACGAGAGGAUUCCAUUACACCAGAGAAGAGAACACUCAGCCACACUUGUGCAUCAUGUAGAAGAAAGUUUGAAACUGCAACAGAUCUGAUGGUGCAUGAGACAUGCCAUAACAAAUCAGUCUGCUAUGGGUGUAGUGAGAGCUUUGACACAUUCCAGCAACUCACCAAACACCGGAGCACUUGUAAAGCUAUCAGUAGCAAGGAGAUCGCCAAGGUUGUCAAACUUCAAGAUGUGCAGAGAGUUCAACCAAUAAGUAGAGAACAAGUUUUCAAGUGUUCGCUCUGCAGCGAGUCAUUCAGUGACAAGUACUAUUUGGACAUACACCAUGAUAUCACACAUGCUAUGAAUUCAGAGCAAAGACAGUGUUAUGCAAAUGAAUAUAAAGAUCUGAUGGAAACUGACACACUCGAAUCAUUACUGGAAGAGACUUAAUGUGGGGCUGCUAGUGAUGUGAUAGGACUUAAUUUGUCAUUAUUUGGUAUAAGACUUAGUGUGUGAUUAGUGAACUGCCGAGACUUAGGAGUGAUGUACAAUAAUUCGAACGGAUUGUUUUUGUUUUUUUAAAACUGAAAUUCAACCUUUUUAGAGUUUAACACCUAUACCUACGAUAUUUGAUUACAUUUACAAACUAUUGAAUGAACUUUGCGUUAUUAAUAAGAUACUUUAUCUUGAUAGUACAUAAUUGAAUGACAGUUAACUUUUUUUUGCCAAAAUUGUUUUUGUAAUUAAACCUGAAUAUUGAUAGUUUUAUAAGUAGUAGAUUUCCAGGCUAUGUAGCAAUAUAAAUUUACGUUAAUUGUUAAAUACAUAACAAAUUAAAAUAACUUUGCUUUGUUUCAUAAUAAAUAACUUUUUUAAAUAAAAUAAAUGCAAUUUGAUUGUGUUACACCCAAUAUUACCUGCAAGGCCGGCAACGCUCCUGUGAUUCCUCUGGUGUUGCAAGAGAGUGUGGGCGGCGGUGAUCACUUAACACCACGUGACCCGUACGUUCGUUUGUCCUCCUAUUCCAUAAAAAAGAAGUUUUUGCGCUGUUUUUAGGAUACUUGCAGCAAGUACAUUUAAUAUGUUGUGUUUUUGAAUUAUGAUUUACUUUUAACUUUUGUAUAUAAUAGUUAUUAUAUGUACAUUACCUAAAUAUGAUAUAUGCCUAGUAGUCAUAUACAUUUAAUUACUAAAAUUCUUUUAUAAAAUAAAUGUUUUCAUGUGCAGGUG